AUGGCGGGUAAUGAAUUAGUCACCGUUGAUGGCAAUGAAGCGAGCGACAAUUUAAAUCAUCAUGGGUUGAAACAUGGACAGUUUAACGUACAACAAACUAAAGAAGAAAGGAGACAGAUACGAAAAGGAUACCGGAUUCUUAUCGAUGACUUAAAAACAAACGUACAUGACUUUAUUAGUCCAAGCUCUUGCAGACUAGAUGAGGCACUGACCGAGACAAAUGAGCUAUAUAAAAAUGUGAAAAAAACAUCAGAGAAAGUGCUAGACUCAUUGGCUGUCCGAAUCAUAUCAACUUACGGUCGCCAAACACAAGCUGUUCAAACGGAUUUCAUCGUACCAGAAGAGUUUGCUGAAAAGCUGAUAACAUUCCUUGGUGGCCGGCAAGUGGAAGACAGUUGUGGACCUAUUGUGAUAUCAAGAUGUGGAUGGUCAGCCCUCGGAAAGUCUACCCGAAAAUUCUUCAGUAAAUCACCACCACUUCAUAUCAUGGGUGGAACAUUCUAAAGAGAGGCUGUUGUCAAGAGGAAAUCAAAUAGACCAGAAAAAAUUGUAAGACAAAAAGAAAAUGAAAAACAAAGCAAGACGACAGUUCCCAAAAAGUUGAAAACUUUUGAUGAUAUUGGUGACCUGGGCCCAUCACAACAUGUAGCCAGAGUGCUUAAACUUCUGCGAGACUCUUACCAACAGGAAGACCUCUGUUUUUUUUUCUUUGUCCUUGACCCCGAUUCCUUUGGUCAUACAGUAGAGAACAUAUUUCACACGUCUUUUCUAAUCACGUCCUACCUAGAUGUUAAUAUGUUUGAUAAGGGUAUGGACCUUAAGCUUUAUGAAUUAUUAAUUCAAAGAAUCAAACGCCAAGAUAAACCAGUAGGUGAUGAUGGAGAUGAAGGAUCCACAUUGUCAAACGGCAGAAACCACCAAACAAGAAUUUCCAUAGCACCUGCAGAAUGGAAGGAACUGGUGGAAGUUUUUGGUGAGAAGAAAGCAGCCAUUUCACAUACCAGCUCUACUACCACUUGA